AUGGGUGAACACAAUUCAAUUUUAACUGAUGCUGAAGCUGAUAAAUUCGAUAGUGAAGCUGAUGAAAUGAACAGAGAAAUAGUCAGAAAACCAGAAGUUUAUGAAGAAGCUAAUGAAGUAAUCAAUGAAGAAGCUGAAAUAGAAACAUUAACAAAUGAGGUUGAAACUUCAAAAAGAUGGCAAGAAAAUUUCGGUAAAAGACAAGUUGUUACAAAAUUAUGUUCUCUCUGGGCCACUGAAGCCAAAGCACUGAAGCUUGCUUUUACAAUGCCGAUGACUAGUAUUAUUUGCCAAGAAUUGCAAGAAUCAUUAAACAAAGAACAUGACUUACUUGUUCAAGUCAGUCUUUAUAAGUUUACUUAUUAG